AGUCAAACACGACCACCGAAAAAAUUGGUCAGUCUUACGGCAACUCUCGCACGGGGAAUUAGGAAAGUUUUAGUGGAAACUAAGCGGAAAAUUAGGUUUCUUUGAAUUUUGUCAAGUCAUGGAGUUGCCAUCCAUGGUGGAGCGUUUGGGGAAUCGCCUCGUGGUGCGUAGCUUAGUUAAUGGUGUCCCGUUGUAUCAAACAGCAUUGGAAGGUGCAGAAGAUGUGGGUCUUUCAAUAGCUCAAGGAUUGCAGUCUUCAUUGGGUGCAGAUGUUCUGAAAUGUCAAGUGGACCAAUAUAAGGUGAGCAACUUGAUGUAUCCCCUUCCAUUGCCCGGUUCGGUUCCCGUGGAAGCUCCAGCUCCGACAGACUUGGCCAAGGAAAAAUUGGAAGGUGCUCUACAAGAGGGCACUCCGUCCAACAACGAGGAAGAGCUGCCCCAGUGCAAAAUACGACGGAACUACAGCUGUAACCAGUGUUCCUUCUUCACCCAAAAUCCUCGUUGUCAUCUGUCCCAUCUUCGCGACAUCCAUGGCGAACGGAUAGUGAUCAACGAGUGCAAGCUCUGCCUUUACGCCUCGCGACAUUUCCAAAAGCUGGUGCGGCACAUGAAAAUGGUGCACGGCUGCUCCGACGAUGGCGGCGGAGUGGCAGGCUCUGGAGGCCAACUGCGGGGUAAGCGAAAUCUCUCCAGGGAGGUGCGCAAGCGCCGUUUAGAGGAGAGCAUUGAAAUGCCGUCCACAACUGGGCCAAGCCUUGAUCCCACCCUUCUGCGAAUGCUGCAGAAUGGACCGCCACUGGAGCAGCUUAAGAUUGAGCUAAAGAGGGAGGAACAGCAACUAUUGGCCAGUGUCCAGGCUUACAGCCGCCAGAAAGAGAUGCUGCGGCUGCAGCAGAUCGUCGACAAUAAAGACAACAUAUUCUCCAUGGCCUUUGAGUUCCAAGCCAAGUUGAUGCCGUCGAAGCAAUCGGAGUUCUUAAAAUCGGAACACAAUAAUAGCAGCUCCGAUUCCGAGGUGGCCUCAAAGAGUCCCUCCCCAGAUCAUUUCGAACUGCCGCCGGGCGUGGAGCAGUUCCAGUGCCAGAAGUGCUCGUAUAGCACCCCUAUACGUUCCAGAUUUAAGAAGCACGUCAAAUACCACUCAAUGCCGCUUAUCAAGUGCAGCUCGUGUGACUUUCAUACACCCUACAAAUGGAAUCUCGACCGCCACACCAAGAAUCAUGGUGCCCAUGGACAUUUCAAAUGCUCGGCUUGUGACUUCAGCACUGAUAUUAAGCAAUCGCUGACCAUACACGAGUUAAAUCAUCAUGUGCCUACUGUUGGUCAUCAAACGGGCACCAGACGCAGGGAUGAGGCAGAAAAUCUCUUGGAUCAACAGCCAAGUAGCUCUAAGAAGCCAGAAACGGACAAAAAGGGUUCACCGAUUACAGCUCCAGAAUCUCCAGUUUCAAAACUCCCGGGGAUCGAUUGCUCCCACUGCCAAAAGAGGGUGGCCAAUGCCAUAGAGUUGAUUAAUCAUCUGCAAGUGUGUGCUCCGGCCUUGAGGAACACCACUCAUCUACAGGCUGUUCUUAACGGGGAGUCGGAUCUGCAAGAUGACGACUUGCUCAGUGCACCCACUGAUCUCAGCUAUUGCGGUGUAGAGACAGCUCCUGGCUACGGCGAGGUUACUGAGGUCUUGCCAGAAGAACCCGAUGAUACGUCGCCUUUAAAAAAAGUUUUCAAGUGUCCCCACUGCACAUUUUGGGCAGCUACUGCCUCGCGCUUCCAUGUCCAUAUCGUGGGUCAUCUGAAUAGAAAGCCUUUUGAAUGCUCCCUUUGUGCAUAUCGCUCCAACUGGCGCUGGGACAUUACCAAGCACAUUCGCUUGAAGGCCAUCCGAGAUAGGUCCCACAAUCAGGCCCAGGUGCUGAUGAAUGAUGAAACUGGAAGGCGCAACUACGCCAAGUAUAACCAGUAUUUGACUUUGAUGAAGGUAAAUGCGGAUCAAAUGGCCGACUCCAAGGGUAUGCGAACGGGUGAAAUAAUCGCCAUACCACCGGAGAAGAUAGCCGAGCAUCAUCCCAUGGAGACGGAGGACCACAUGGUGUCGAUUGAAAUGGUGGAGCGUUCCUCUUCGACCUUGGCUCUGGAUUUGAGCAAGCCCAAAGAAGAUUCACCUAUGGGUAGUAUUAACGAUGAAGCUGAGGAAACCACAGAUGUCGGACAUAUCCGCAAACAGAAGCCACCACAGGAAACCGCAAAUACAGAUUGUGUUAUUAAUUUGAAAUCAGAAACAUCUGAACCGUUGAUUGCGUCCGAUGUCAAACCAAAGUCCGAAGAGAUACCUCUGGAUUUGAUCAAGGCAGAUGGCUGUCAAUCAGACUCUCAGGAGUCUACUGAAGGCGACUAGGUUCAUUCUUCAACUAUAUCAUACUAAUGUCUUUUUCAAUAAAAGCUUCACAAUAGUUGGUUACAAUA